CGUAGAGCUGAUAAAGUGGCAGAAGUGGCCAAAGAGUGUUUGAAAGUAUCGCCGAAAGGGAUUAAAGCACUGGAAGUGACGGCAGAUGUGACCAAACGUGUAAAUCUGCAACGACUCGUAUACGAGACUAUUAAUCAUUUCGGUAAACUUGAUAUUCUGGUCAAUAACGCCGGCGCCGGGAUUUUAGCCUCAUUUCAGGACAAAGACUAUUACGACAACUUUGAGAAAGUGAUGGCAAUUAAUCUCAAUUCUGUCGUAUAUUUAACGCAUAUAUGUGUCGAGCAUUUGGAGAAAACGAAAGGAAAUAUUAUUAAUAUCUCAAGUGUCGCCGGAUUGCGAACAUGUGCUCUGGAUAUGUUUACCCAAUGUAUGGCAGCCGAGUUGGGACCUAAACGCAUACGGGUUAACGUUAUUAAUCCCGGACCCGUUCGCACCGGCUUUUCAACCGCUAUGGGAACCCCACAAGAAGUGUCAGAUAAACAUAUGGCCGCUUACAGUGAUUUCGUACCCAUUGGUCGUGUUGGCGAACCGGACGAUCUAGCUCAUUCAAUUUUGUACUUGGCCAGUGAUCAUGCUGCGUUUGUUACCGGAUCUAUGUUGAUUACGGGCUCGAGUUCGGGCAUCGGUGCGGCCACUGCUGUCCAGUUCAGUAAAGCCGGCGCCCAAGUG